UGGAAAGUUUUGUUACGAAUUUGUGUGUGUAGUUUCUAGUCCAACAAUUUUUCGUUAUAUUAUUAUUGUUUUUUUUUUGGCACUUACAAAAGUCUUCAUAUUGUGUUGCGAAAAAAACAAAAUUCGGUACGAGGACUAUUUAUGGUUUUUCCAAGUCGGAGGUUGGUGGUAGCGGUGGUCAGUUCCGAUGCUCACAGAUUCUAGCAAAUAAAUACAAACGAUGCGACUUCUUGUUUCCUUAUAUAUCAUCUUGGCUGCGACGCUAGCGGCGACGCAGCCAAUGCCGUCGGCAGAGACGUCGACUGAGGCAGCGGCAAAAACUGAAUUGGAAACCGGACAACGAACCGAGGAGGAGUCGGUGUCGAAGUCGAUGCACAGUGGCCACACUGAAGAAGCGGUAGAGGAAUCGGUUACAAUACAGCAAUUUGAAGUGCAAAAUUUCACGGAAGAUGGCAUUAUGGCUAGAGCGGAUGUCGGCGAUGCAAGGCAGCAGGGUACACCGGUACAGGUGAUUACUACUGCUCCCUUGGGGGGACGCACCACGAAAAAGCCAAAAAAGGGCAAUUCUGCAAUGUCUAUGAUUAUCGUGAUUAUUAUUGUGGUGGUGCUGUGCUGCCUCCUCAUUAUCUGCUUGCCAUUGUUAUGCCUGUGCUUUGGCUGCUGUGGCCUGGCGAUGAGUCCCUGUCUUGCCUGCAGCCCAUGCUGUGGCGACGAAGAAGGUGGAUGCUGUGGGGCUGGCCAUGAUGACGAUUGAAAGGAUACACAUUUCUCCGAGUCUCCUUGUAUGGCCUUCGUAUAGUGUAUGGAUCAAAUUCAAAAUAUAUGUUUCAAUAUUAAAGUAUUUAUUUAAAGCUGC